AUGUUUCCUGGGGCAAUACAGCCACAUGCAUGUUUGCCAUAGUUGUCAGUGACAAUGAAGCCCCGAUUAUCAGCGACUGCCCGAGCUCUCAGACUUUAACGACAGAGCUCGGAUCAGAAACGGCGACGGCGAUAUGGGUGGAGCCCACUGAAUCCGAUAAUUCCAACAAUGUCACUCUGACACCGAGUCGUAGCGGAGAUGCCUUUCCCGUCGGUCAGAACACGGUCACUUACGCGGCUCAAGACCCGAGUGGGAACACGGCAACAUGCACCUUUGUUAUAUCAGUCACGGCUCCUCUGGGAUGCUCCACUAGCCAGCUUAUAUCCUGCGGGGACACAGAAACGUGUGUCGAGAAUGAAUGCCGGUGCAGGCCCACCUUCAUCCGAUUGAAUGAUGUUUGCACAGAGGCAAACACCUACAGCCUUACAGUGCGAGCCCUAUCGCGCGACGGUUUUGAUUACGAAUUCACUGAUGCGCUGAGUGACCCAAAUUCUCCUGAGUUCCAAGCACAGGCUAACGCUUUCAUUAUCGUGAUGAUGCAAAACACUGAUACGAUUUAUGGAAUUACGGUUAUUGAAAUUCGGAACGGGAGUCUAAUAUUCGUAGCCGAAGCCAUCACCGAACCGUCUACAACGAUGGCCCAACUCGAACAAGAUAUAGAUAGUGCUAUUCAAGAGGGGAGUGCUACCGCAGGACCAACGACCAUAUUCUUUGUUCCUGAAGACACUGUCAUCGCGGACAUCAAUGAAUGUGCAAGUACAACUACCAAUGACUGCUCGGAGAAUGCCAAUUGUACCAACAUGGUUGGGUCCUACACCUGCACCUGUUAUUUUGGCUACACGGAUAGAUCACCUGCAGGGGUUGGCCCCGCGAGAGUAUGCGAGCUGACUUCAGUGGGCAAUUUCCUGGGUAUUGGUGGCAUAUUUGGAUUGGCUGUAGGAGCGUGUGUUCUCGUGGUUAUGAUGUGUUUGUGUUGUAUUAUUGCUGCGAGGAGAAUGCCCAACAAAAACUUCGCACCGAGAACAAGGGACCCACCGUCUAAUGUGCAUCUAUCCUCCUUUAGAAAAUCGGAAGACCAGAAGCCACGACGUCAAGGUCCCGGGCGCCCAGGGGAAGUCUUCAGGCAUGAUGACAAUCUUUACCGUGGCUAUGUGGGCGGGAGUAGCGGGAAUACUCCCAGGUCGGAAUUUAUGGGAUAUUAAAGUGCACCAACCACCUCAGUGGCGGAUCCAGGGGGAGGCCCGGGGCCCCGGCCCGGUCGCGUCCUUUUUUUUCCUACGAACUUUUAUACUUGACUCAUGCAAAGAGGUCACAAACAAUUGGACUUUGAUUAUUU